CGCACGCCUCCCAAAAGCCCCACCCCCACGGACCCCAGCAAAAGCGCCUCGCCUUUUCCUUCCCCUACCUCGGAGCGGAGCCAAGAGCCGGAGGCGGCGGCCAAGAUCAGCAAGAUGUGCUGCUGCCCGAGCAAGGCGUGCUGCAUCUGCAUGCUCAUCAUCCUCGUCCUCAUCGCCGUCGGCCUCGUCUUCGGCUUCGGCGUCUACACCCGCGGCUUCCACAAGCUCUCCUCCAGCAUCCACCUCCAGGACGGCGCCUCCUACCGCGCCUACGGCCACCUCAACCUCGCGCCGCCGCCCGCCUACUACUAGAGAGAGCCCACAGGGCUCCCUCCCUCCCCCGGGAUCUACUCCGCCAGCAGCACGGCAUGGAUUGGGCUUCGUCUCCGGCGUUCCGUCGCGCGGUGGGGAUCGAUCCCCUGCACAGCGUCAUGCCGUCUGCGAAGAAGAGAUUCCGGGGCCGGUCGAUUUGCAUUGAUUUUCUGCUGAAUUAAUUCCUUUCGUUGCUUCGCUCCGAUGAUGUCGAUAUUUUAGCAGAGAGUAUAUUUACAGAUUGAUGAUGACAAUUACCGUUACUGUAUCCCUCCGUUUGCGUUUUGUUAAUUACUGCUGCUCAUUAGUUUAGUGCUUCA